AUGGAAUUGAAGAAACCCCAAAAAUCAGUUAAGCAGCUUAGAAGUAUUAGCCAUGCCGUGACCACAGUUCAAUUAUUACGAAUUAUUAACCCAUCAGCAGACUCCACAAUAGAUCUAAGUAGCAUGGUAAUUUUUAUACAGAAGCAAAUUAUUGAUCGUAUCCCAAGUCCAGUGAAAAAUCGAGUUAAAGAAAUUUUCCAGAAUUUCGUUUUCAAAAAUCAUUCGUUCACACUACCUACAGCUGAAUUCUUAAAAUUAUAUGACAAAUCUAUAUCAAAAAAGCCAAGAUUAAAAGAAAAUUCCAAAGCUCCUAAAACUGCGUAUGAGAAAUCCAAUAUUUCCUUUAUUGAAAGUAAUAGAAAUUUAUCAGAAAACCUCAAUAUUAGUAAAAGGGUCAGAAAUUUGUCACAUGAAAGAGAGUUUAUUCGAUAUGGAACUGAUUUUCAAGAAAUUAUACAGCAAAGUCCAGAAGUUAAAAGAAGUGUUUCUCAAGGCCGAAAAAUCUUAAAAAAACCGAUUAAAGAGACCCCGAAAAAGUCACCCAAAAUUGUAAAUGUGUCUUAUUCUGAUCUUCAUAAGAAAAAAGCUUUGACUAUCUGCAACACUCCUGAGCCUAAAUCGAGAAAAAUAUCCUAUUUAACUCAGUCAUAUGAUCAUAAUAUAAAUAAUGACGAAGGAAAAUCUUUUAUUUUGGAUAUUACUCAAAGCUCAGGUGUUUUUAAAACGCUUUAUACGAAUAUACAAGAAUUGAUUGAGAUCAGAAAAGCUCAUCUGAGCUUGAGUAAGCCAAAAAAUAACGAAAAUUAA